AAUGUGGUUUUGAUUUGCAUUUCUCUAAUAAUCAGUGAUGAUGACCAUUUUUUCAUAUGUUUGUUGGCCACAGCAAAGAAUACCUCCUGUGAGGCUUCUGCUGAGGACCUCCUUGGACUCCAGAGCCCCCAGGCCCCUGUGUCUUGUCAGCACUCUGCUAUUUCGGGGCUAAGGAGCUCAGGCUUCUCAGAUGUGGCUUGGGAAACAUAGCCUUCUAAUCCAGGAGAGUAAGAAGAUUUAGGACUGACGUGGGUGCAGUUAGAGAAACCCCAUCUCCUUGGGUAUAUGGGAGACACCCCAACUAUGCAAUCUCCUCCUUCAAAUCCUCCUUGGGGGCCUGAUCUGACUGACGUCAGGGGGUGCCUACUGCUUCGAGGCAGGAAGCCUGAACUUUCCUCUCUGUCACUGUGAAUGCUUGGCCAGGGCUGUGGAUGUCCUCAUUGCUUUUCAGGGAGAAGACAAGCCAGACUAGAGCGGCACCUUCUUUAUUGACUCUGUAGGUCUGGAACAAAUCAGAUCAGCUUGAGGUCCCUCAGCCAACUCUGAAGACAGGGUGGAGAUCUCACCUGCAUGUUAGAGACUUCUGCCUUGUUGUAUCUCAAUGUAAAUUAAAAACCCAGCAAAGAAGGAGAAUUGUGCUUAAACUAUGGGAAGCGGCACAUCCACCCAACAUCAUUUUGCUUUCCAGAAUGCAGAGAGAGCCUUCAAGGCAGCAGCCCUGAUCCAGAGAUGGUACCGGCGCUACAUGGCCCGCCUGGAAAUGAGGCGGCGUUGCACCUGGAACAUCUUCCAGUCUAUAGAAUAUGCUGGGCAGCAAGACCAAGUCAAGCUCCAUGAUUUCUUCAGCUAUCUCAUGGAUCACUUCACCCCCAGCAGCCACAACGAGAGGGACUUCCUGACCCGAAUAUUCACUGAGGAGAGAUUUGCCCAGGACUCCCAGAUGGAGAAAUGCAGUGACUAUGAGUCCAUAGAGGUACCUGACAGUUACAGGGGACCACACCUCUCCUUCCCGCUCCUGCCUGACCAUGCUACUGCCCUUGUAGAAGCAUUCAGACUAAAACAACAGCUCCACGCUCGCUACGUCUUGAACCUUUUGUAUGAAACCAAGAAACAUCUGGUACAGCUGCCAAACAUCAACCGGGUUUCAACCUGUUACAGUGAGGAGAUCACAGUGUGUGGAGACUUACAUGGCCAACUGGAUGACUUAAUAUUUAUAUUUUAUAAGAAUGGCCUCCCAUCGCCAGAACGGUCAUACGUGUUCAACGGUGACUUUGUGGAUCGAGGCAAGGAUUCAGUAGAGAUCCUGAUGAUUCUUUUUGCCUUCAUGCUGGUUUACCCCAAAGAGUUCCAUCUUAACAGAGGAAACCAUGAGGACCCUAUGGUGAACUUACGAUAUGGCUUUACCAAGGAAGUGAUGAGUAAAUACAAGAUACAUGGCAAGGAAAUACUAAGAACCCUGAAAGACGUUUUCUGUUGGCUUCCGCUGGCCACUCUGAUAGAUGAGAAAGUUCUAAUUCUUCAUGGUGGGGUGUCAGACAUAACUGAUCUGGAGCUUUUGGACAAAAUAGAGAGGUGCAAGAUAGUUUCCAUCAUGAGGUGCAAAACGAGACAGAAGAGUGAGAAUCAGAUGGAGGAGCAGAGAAUAGCCAACCAGAAGAGCUCUGCACAGGGACCCAUCCCAUGGUUUCUCCCCCAAAGCCGCUCUCUUCCCUCUUCGCCCCUUCGCCUCGGCCCCUACAAGGCUCACAAAAGCAGCAGAUCCUCCAGCAUCCCCUCUGGCGGUUCCCUGGAUGGGCGGGAGCUCUCCCAGCGGGUGCGGAGCUCCGUGGAACUGGAGCUGGAGCGGUGCCGGCAGCAAGCAGGCCUCCUGGUGACCGAGGAGAAAGAGGAGCCCUCGUGCUCGGCCUCGGAAACAGACUCUGACACUGGAGAGCUGCGGAAGCCCACUCAGGAGGAGUGGAGGCAGGUUGUAGACAUCCUGUGGAGUGAUCCCAUGGCUCAAGAGGGCUGCAAGGCCAACACCAUUCGAGGAGGAGGCUGUUAUUUUGGGCCUGAUGUGACAGAACAGUUGCUACAAAAAUACAAGCUGCAAUUCCUGAUCCGUUCACACGAAUGCAAACCCGAAGGCUAUGAAUUCUGUCACAACCGCAAGGUAUUAACCAUCUUUUCUGCCUCCAACUACUAUGAAGUUGGCAGCAACAGAGGGGCCUAUGUCAAACUGGGGCCAGCCCUGACCCCACAUAUUGUGCAGUAUCAAGCAAACAAGGUGACCCACACACUCACCAUGAGGCAAAGGAUUAGCAGAGUGGAGGAGUCGGCUCUGAGAGCUCUGAGGGAGAAGCUAUUUGCUCAUUCUUCAAAUCUUCUCAUCGAAUUUAAGAAGCAUGAUGUAGAUAAAGUCGGUUUAAUCACCCUGAGUGACUGGGCCGCAGUGGUGGAGUCUGUGCUGCAUCUCGGACUGCCGUGGCGGAUGCUGAGGCCACAGCUGGUGAACAGCUCAGCAGGCAACAUGCUGGAGUACAAGUCUUGGCUGAAGAACUUGGCCGAGGAACAACUGAGCCGUGAGAACAUACAAUCAAGUUUGCUGGAAACACUGUAUCGAAACCGAUCCAACCUGGAGACCAUUUUUAGGAUCAUAGACAGUGAUCAUUCAGGGUUUAUCUCACUGGACGAGCUCAGGCAGACCUGGAAGCUGUUCAGCUCUCAUAUGAAUAUCGACGUUACAGAUGAUUGCAUCUGUGACCUUGCUCGGAGCAUUGAUUUCAACAAAGAUGGCCACAUCGAUAUCAAUGAGUUCCUGGAGGCCUUCCGCCUUGUGGAGAAAACCUGCCCAGAGGGUGAUGCCUCAGAAUGCCCACAAGCUACAAAUGCUGAAGACAGUGGCUGCAGCAGUCCAGGUGCAUGCUAAGAACAGCCUGGUCUUCAUCACCCACAGUGCCUCGCAGGCAAUGCCCAGCUUCUCACUGGAGUAUCUCCCUUAUUCUCCAUGUGGAAGUUUAAACUGAAAAUUUGCCUACCUAUAUGCAUCAGAAUCACCUGUGUGUUUCAGUGUGGAGGGGUGGGUUGGGGUGGGGUGUUGUGUAUGUAUGCGUUUUAAGUAUAUGGGUGCCCCAACCCCAUCUCACAAUCUUCACAAAGCUGAACUUAGGUAUAGUGUUUUUAAAUUCUAAAGUCCACUCCAGUUAAGAACCACUGAUAAUUCAACUCCCUCUUUGUUUUUAUUUUAUACUUUUUAUUUAUUUUCUUGAAAAUGUCAGAUUGGUAAAGGAAAGCUAUAAAAAAAAAUUGUAUUGUAAUGCCAUGACUCAAACAUAUGGAUUUUUUUCAUUAUUUAGUUUUUCUUACUUGUUACUGUAGUGUUGAUAUAAUUUGAUGUUCUGCUUUUAAAAACUAAAUUCACAUCUAAUUGUAAACCCUU